AUGGCGCAGAGAUUCGGCGCCUCGUCGCUGCACCAGCGCGACUCGCGCAGCGCCCUGUUCGAGGGCUACACGGGCGACCCCUCGAAGACGCGGCGCACCACGACGGCGAGCCCCGCGGCGAACGGCUACGGCUACGGCUACGGAUACGGAUACUCGGGCAACGGCGGCGGCGGCGCGGACGGCGUCGGCGGGGGCAGCAGGCCCGGCAGCGGGUUCAGGCCCGCGACGCCGAACCGCAGGGGCCAGUAUAGCGAUGCGGUGCUCAACGAGCUGGAGAGCCAGAACGACGCGCAGGUGGCGGGCAUUCUGGGCAAGGUGAAGACGCUCAAGGACAUGACGGUGGCCAUUGGCGACGAGAUCCGCGAGUCCUCGGCCCUCGCCGAGAAGAUGAACAACUCGUUCGACUCGACGCGCGUGCGCCUGCGCGGCACCAUGAACCGCAUGCUCAUCAUGGCGGAGCGCACGGGCGUCGGCUGGAGGGUCUGGCUGCUCUUCUUUGCGGCCGUCGCCAUGCUCUUCUUCUACGUCUGGCUGUUUUGA